CGAAAAGCUUCAGCUCGAACAGACAAUAUGGCUGCGAAUACGGAUAGAAGGAGAAUCAAUGCGCCGAGUGGUGGCACAUCUGCACCAAUCUUUGCAAAGACUGUGAAGGAUCCUCAGUAUCAGCAAUCUCUCCGGCCAACCCGUACCAGAGGUCCAGAUGAGCUUCGCAAGAUUUUCCUUCAAACCGGCAUCAUACCUUCUGCUUCUGGAUCCGCAUACCUUGAAAUCCCAGGACAACCACGGUCAUCCUCGACCUUGAUCCCAUCCUCUUCUUCUCUCAAGAUCACAGCCUCCAUUCAAGGACCCAAGCCGCUUCCACGAAGCGCACCUUUCUCUCCAUCUCUUCUCCUCACCACCACAGUCAAAUUCGCGCCAUUUGCUACCCGGAACCGUCGAGGCUAUAUACGCGACUCUGUCGAGCGAGACCUAGGCGUCCAUCUUGAGAGCGCACUUCGCGGCGUGAUCAUUGGAGAACGAUGGCCGAAGAGCGGGGUCGAGAUCGUGAUUACCAUAUUAGAGGGAGAUGAGGAUGGCUGGUGGGGCGAUAGCGCAGGAGAAGGCAGCGGAUGGGGACUGUUGAAUGUUCUUUCGGGCUGCAUUACUGUCAGCAGUGCGGCGAUCACAGAUGCUGGGAUCGAUUGUGUGGAUAUGGUUUCUGGAGGAGUGGCUGCGCUUGUCCGAGAACCCUCACAGACAGGAAAAGAGGGCGCUCUCGUGAAGGUACUCGAUCCUUGUCCUUCAGAGCAUCAAGAUAUUAUUGCUGCGUGCGCGGUGGGGUAUCUUGCCGGAAGAGAUGAGAUUACGGAACUGUGGGUUAGGGGUAAUGUGCAAGAGGAUUCCGAUCAACUAAUUGAGGGCGCAACACAUGCUGCCUUCGGUGGCUUAACGGUCAUGAAGGAGGUCCUACUCGAAUCUCUCGAGGCCAAAUUCAAGGGCUUCACAGAGAAGUCCACGGAUGCCAAGGGCGGCGAUUCGGGGGGCGACAUUGAAAUGUCAGGAUGAUUGUUGUCUCCAUUGAAGACUUGUUUGGAACCCUGUGUGUGCAUAGCGAUGGCGUUUGGAUGAAAAAGCAUGGAAAUGGAUAUACCAUAAAUUUUAUUUGGUGUUUGCCCACUUUCGGCAUAUCAACUACUUGAGAAAAGCCCUCAAAGGCAUAAAUCCACC